AUGACUUUCUUAAAAAUUAUAAGAGGGUUAAAGACCGUUAUGAAAAUGGAAGAGGCCACAAAACCAGAAAAAGCAAUAAAAACUAUAAAAGAAGGGAAAGCAGAAAUAUGCUUGAAGAUUGAAAAAGUAUUUUAUAACCCAGUUCAAGAAUUUAAUAGAGACCUUAGUAUAGCUGUUUUAAGUAUAUUUACUGAUGAUUAUAAGGUAGAAAAACUUAAUAGAGCUGAAAAGAAGUUAUCAAAGGGUCUAAACAAUACAGAGGGAACAAAUGAAGUAAGUGAGGUACCUGUGACAAUAUUGGAGGCACUAUCUGCUACAGGUUUGAGAAGUAUUCGUUAUGCUAAGGAGAUACCAAAUAUCACUAAAAUUGUAGCCAAUGACCUGUCAGAGCAGGCGGUUCAAACUAUAAGGGAGAAUGUUGUUUUCAACAAUGUUCAGAAUAUUAUAGAGACAAGCCACGAUGAUGCUUGUAUGCUAAUGUACAAACACAAGCAUCCAAUUAAACGUUUUGCUGCUAUUGAUCUGGAUCCUUACGGAUGUCCUUCAAUAUUUCUGGAUUCCGCCGUACAGAGCGUGCAAGAUGGCGGUCUGUUGCUUGUCACUGCAACAGACAUGGCGGUUUUGGCGGGUAACUCGCCAGAAACUUGCUAUUGUAAAUAUGGUGCUGUUAGCUUAAAGACAAAGUGCUGCCAUGAGAUGGCAUUAAGAAUACUCUUACAAUGUAUAGAACAGCAUGCGAACAGGUACAGUCGGUACAUAGUACCACUGCUAAGUAUAUCAGCCGAUUUUUACAUACGCGUGUUCGUUAAAAUCUACUCUGGAGCAUUUCACUGCAAAAAAACUACUAGUAAAUUGUCCAUGGUUUAUCAUUGCGUGGGUUGCGAUAACAUAACUUUACAUCCCCUGGGGGGUUUCAAACCGAACCCUACGGAGAAAAAACCAGAGCAGAUGAAAGCAUAUUUACCCAACGUUCCUCCUGUAGGCGAAUUCUGCGUCCAUUGCAAUCAGAGGCAUCAUCUAGGUGGUCCCAUAUGGUCAGCGCCUAUACACGACGAAGUGUUUGUAUCGAGGGUUGUAAGCCACGUCCAAGACAACCCUCAGCUCUUCGGCACAGCAAAGCGUAUAGAGGGUGUCCUGUCAAUGGUGAGGGAGGAGUUACAGGAGGUGCCGCUAUACUACACGUUGGAUAAACUGUUCGGGAGAGUCCAUUUGGAAACCAUGCCGAUGUUGGUUAUGCGGUCAGCGAUUCUUAACGCUGGUUACAAAGUGUCAUACUCCCACGCAUCAAAGCUGUCAAUAAAGACCGCUGCGCCUGCUCAGGUCAUUUGGGAUAUCAUACGCACUUGGGAGAAAACGCAUCCAGUCAAAGCGGCCAAAUUAGAAGCUGAUCCGGUUUCGAAGUACAUUUUAAGCCAAGAGAUAAAGACAGCAAUAGAUCUGAGCGAGAGGGGCGAUGCGAAUCCGACGAGUCGACGCGAUGGCCGCCUCCGCUUCCAGUUCAAUCCCGCGCCUUAUUGGGGACCCGGGUCUAGAGCUGCUGUUAACGUUGGAGAUGAAAAAAUAUCAAAGGCGAUACGAAACCAAAACAAGAACAGCAAUAAAGACCGGCACGCAGUGAAACGCGGUCACUCACCGCAGAACGACGAGGAUGCCCGAAAGAAGCUUACUCAAUCUGAACACACAGACGUGUAA